AUGAAAGAGAUCAUCGAGGUUAUAGCACUUUUCCUAGGUUUUGUAAGCUGGAUAAUGAUUUUUAUAUCACUACAACAUCAGUAUUGGAAAGAAUCUACCCAGGAUGGCAGCGUAAUUAUAACCUCCGCAAUCUAUGAGAACCUCUGGAUGUCUUGUGCUAGUGAUUCAACAGGGGCAUAUAACUGUCGACACUUUCCAUCUCUUUUUGCUCUCCCAGGGUUAAUUCAGGCCUCCCGGGCACUCAUGAUCACUUCCAUUGUGUUGGGGACGUUUGGGCUCGUGGCUACUCUCACAGGAAUGCAGUGCUCAAAAAUAGGAGGAGAGAACUACAUCCUGAAGGGGAGGGUUGCUGUAAUCGGAGGAGUGUUCUUUUUACUACAGGGGAUGUGCACCAUGAUUGCUAUAUCUUGGUAUGCAGCCAACAUCACAACACAGUUCUUUGACCAGUUUUAUCCAGGGAUAAAGUAUGAGAUUGGAGAGGCCUUGUAUAUCGGCUGGUCUUCAGCCAUACUUGCCAUUUGUGGAGGUUCAUGCCUAAUGUGUGGUUGCCAAGCUAAUACAAAAAAACGAUUUCCAUACCAACCAUCCACCACAGAACACAUGCUGUCAACUGGGGCAACGUCUGAGUCUGUCCCAAGCAACUAUGGCAGAAAUGUGUAUGUCUGA